CACAGAUCAGACCAGAUCAGCCCUGAAGAUUAAAGGCUUUCAUCCAAACAGAAGAAGAACAUCUGUGUCUGUCGGGGAACCAUGAAGACUCUGGUGACUCUCGUACUUCUGACUCUGAUCUGCUUCCUGCGUCACACCUCUGCCGGUCCAGUGGCAGUGUCAGUGAUACACACGGGACAAUGUUGUCCACGAUACAGUGAAAUAAGGAUUCCUAAGAGAAGGGUGACAAAUGUGAAGAAGACCUCAGGCCAGUGUGUUGAAAACGCAUUUAUAGUCACAACAGUGUGUAAUAAGCAGAUUUGCAUUGAUGGCGAGAGUGCCUGGGCGAAGAACCUGUGGGUAGAAUUUAAGAAGUCGGCUGCAAACGGCUCACCUCUGUCUGCCCCGUUCAAUCAGGCAAAGUGUGACACACCUCGAAAAAUGUGAGAAUGCUGCUCCUUUGUGCAUCAAUGAACAUUACAUGUUAUUUAAGUUCUUUUAUAAACAGAAUGUACAUGUCUGUCAGUGGCUGUUGCAGCACUUUAACUGAAGUUUAAUUUUAACUGAUGUAGCACUACUGUUCAUUACUGUUUUUCCAUGAACUAAUAUUUAAAUACUCAUUCUUGUAUGUAUGUGAGAUAGCCGUGUUCAGUGAUUACAGGACAUUGUUUGAAAUGUACAGUGUUUCAUAUUCCUACAUGAGGUUAGGAAUAAAAGCUUUAUUCUUGUACUUGGUGUCCUGAUCCGACCACAACAGGUUCUGUGUUUUGUUUUUUCAUACAAAUAUCUGUGCAGAUUAUCAUUAAUUAAAUUGCUUAAUUGUAGUAAUAACAUAAUACAUAA